AUGUCUGACGCCGCCGUUGUUGAAGCCACCGCAUCUCCAGUCGCCGCUGUUGAGAAAAAGGCACCUAAGAAAGCCGCUGCCAAGGCAAAGAAACCCUCUGCUGCCCCAAGCCAUCCACCAACCCAACAAAUGGUCGAUGCUGCCAUCAAAACAUUGAAAGAACGUGGUGGUUCCUCAUUGCCUGCCAUCAAGAAAUACUUGGCCAGCACAUACAAAGUUGAUGCUGUAAAAUUGGCCCCAUUCAUCAAGAAGUACUUGAAGAGCGCUGUUGCUAGUGGAAAAUUGAUCCAAACUAAAGGUAAGGGUGCCUCCGGUUCAUUCAAAUUGUCCCCAUCUGCCUCGAAGGAACCUAAAGCAAAGAGCGCUGAAAAGAAGAAGAAGGCCCCAGCCGGUGAUAAGAAAAAGAAGGCAGCAGCACCCAAAAAGGCAGCCGGUGAAAAGAAAGCCGCUGCAAAGAAGCCUUCCGCUGCUAAAAAGACCGCCGAGAAGAAGAAGACCGAAAAGGCCAAGGCUAAAACUGCCAAAAAGACAGGUACAGUUAAAGCUAAACCCGCAAAAACAGCCGCCAAAGCAUCAGCCACUAAACCAAAGGCACCCAAGGCAAAAACCACCGCUGCCAAGCCCAAAAAGGCUGCCGCAGCAAAGAAGCCAGCUGCCAAGAAGACCGCCUAUACUUUGGCAAAGGCCAGUCCGUUCAGUUUUUAA